AGAAGAAUGGAGAGCUGGAUCCGUCUCUGGCUUCUCCAAGUCCUCUCGCCUUUGGGUUUUGGCAAUUUUGGGGUGAGGGGAGGUGAGCUGAGUGAUCAGCGUGUCCCAGCUCAGUCUCCCCUCUGGCCACCACUGCCCCUUGCCACCUUUAUGAAGAGAAAUUAGGCAACAAAACAUAAAGAACAAGAAAUCUGCAUUCAAACUGGGCUAGAAAAGAAUGUUUGGACAAAAUGAGGUUGACAAAAUGGACGAGACUUCGAAAUCGAACCCUGUGGUCUUUGAGACCACAACCAUCACCUUCUUCAUCAUCCUCCUCAUUUGCUUCAUCUGUAUCCUCCUCCUACUGGCGGUCUUUUUAUAUAAAUGUUUCAGAGGCAAGAUCACCGAGGAGACAGUGAAGCCCCCUUGCACUGAUGAGAAUGAAGGUGAAGAUUGUUUAGCUGCCAAUGCAGAGAUGAGCAAACCCGAAGAUCAAGAAAAGGUCCUACUGCACUUGGUAAACAUGGACAUGCCAGUGAGACCUGGCAUUCUUGUCCAAAGACAGAGUAAGGACGUGGUGCCCUCACCCUUAGGAGAGAACAAUGAGGCAGAAGAGGACAAACUCGGACAGACAUUAGAGCCUUUGAAUGCUAGAGAAACCACCAAUGAGGGUGAUAGCACUGAGAAAACACCCGAACAAGACUACAGAACUCCUUCAGUCACUGAAAGCCAAAGGAGACCUCUAAAGGGGGUGACGUUUUCUAAGGAAGUCAUUGUUGUGGAUCUAGGAAAGGAAUACCCCACACCUCGAAGCUAUGCUCGAGAGCAUAAAGAGAGAAAGUGAGGUGCAGAAAAGGCGCCAGUGAGAGAAAUGGAACCUUUGGCUGGCAUGGGGUUAACUGAGAGCACGGGGUCGUGUCAGAGAGGCAGUGCGAUGAGAAAAGAGCAGACGCAGAGGGUAUUUUACUUUUGUCGGAAAGAAGUGAACUGUGCGAAAUUCUGUACGUAAAAUACUGAGCUCAAAUAUAGUUUUUAAAAAGCAAA